GUCUCGAGCCUGCGCCUGCGCAGAUCUGUGUUGGGCGUCAGAACUAUAGUCAACAAACAUGUCUACCGCUCCUGCUCCUCAAAACAAUAACGAAGAUCCCGGACUGCAAGGCUCCUGGGUGGAGCUGGAGCUGAAUGGUAAUACAGGGGCAGAGAGUAGGCAGACCAGCCUGCUGACAGCACCUGCUGAAGACCAAAUCAACGCCAAUGCAGGCAUGAGUCAAAGCCUCCAGCCUUUAGACGAGGCUGAAAGUGAUGAAACCCUGAUCGGAGGACUGGAGCAUGUGCCAUCGUCAUCCUCCAUCCAUAACGGAGACAUGGAGAAAAUACUCCUGGAUGCUCAGCACGAGUCCAGCCCGAGCAAUUCAUCCUGUGUGAGUCCUCACAGACCACCAAGUCCUGGGCAGGAUGAUGGCCAGAUAAUGUUUGAUGUGGAGAUGUCCAGCCCAAGAGAAAGUCAGUCAGAGGAUGAUACUGCAGAAAAGGACAGAGAGGAUGACAUUUUGAUGAACAAAGAAGUUGAUUGGGUUGCCAAUUGGUCCAGUAGGCCUGAAAACAUCCCCCCAAAGGAGUUCCACUUCAGACAUCCCCGACGUUCAGUGUCUUUGAGUAUGCGGAAGAGCAGCGUCAUGAAGAAAGGUGGUAUCUUCUCUGCUGAAUUCCUAAAAGUUUUCAUUCCUUCCCUGCUCAUCUCACACAUGCUGGCUCUCGGCCUUGGGGUGUACAUCGGGAAAAGAAUUGCUACAGCCGCCAGCAGCUCCUACUGAGCAGAAAAUGAAGCAGUGCCUGGGUGUUCUCCUGUCUCCAAGCCUCCCAAACGCCUCCUGUAGUCAAGCUCUCACUGUCCGCAUCUGUCCUAAACCCACAUUCCUCUCUUCCAAUUUGCAUUAACUGGUGUCACACUGUAGACGUAGUCCUGCUGAUUAUGUGGUUGCUCUCUGUCAGAUUUUGACACGGGGGCGCCUUGUCAUAUAUAUAUAUAUAUAUAUAUAUAUAUAUAUAUAUAUAUAUAUAUAUAUAUAUAUAUAUAUAUAUAUAUAUAUAUAUAUAUAUAUAUAUAUAUAUAUAUAUGCAAGUCACCGACUUGAAUCUAACUCAAAAAUACUCGCCACAGACUUUUUGUUAGGUGGCAAUAAGUUGAAGUUUCCUUUUGCAUCUCAUCUUAAAACAUAUAUAAUCUGGUCCUUCUCCCAACCUACAGUAUUUUUAUUCUGAAAAGCAGAAUAUGACAUAUCUUAUUUGCAAUAUAACUGCAAUAUGAACUAAUUGACCCUGUGGAACAGGAGAGACUUUGAUCGCCUGGGAGUUUUUGACCUUAAGGCCCCCUUCACACGUGAUUGAGACCACCCUACAGUCUCCAGGAUCUCCAAGACUACUCAUUUUUUUUUUCUGGAAUUCUGAAAAUAUGGAAAACAUCAUCUUAGUGUGAAGGGCCACAUUACUUGACUGUGUUCCCAGUACUUGUAGCUGGUUUCUUGUCCAGUGCUAUUGCCACAUGCGUCAUCCACACCAGGGUUUCUGUUUACUAUAUGCAGAAUUUUCCUAUAACUAUUGGAGGUUACCUCGAAUAAAGCAAUAAAUAGCAUCAGGGUUCUGAUCAGCUCAUCAGCAGCAUGAGAGGAUGCAUGUGAGGAGGGUUUAACUGCACAUAUUGCAGACCGCCACUGAGUGGCCGAUGUUGCACAACCAUUUUACCCUAUCAGCAGCACUUUGUUGCAUAUCUCGACGAGCACUGUCUGAAGGACUCGUGCGCACAUGAUACAAAAUCUCUAUUUUUCACUGAUGAUUCCAAGUUUGUCACAGCAAUGUUUCGAACCCUGAAGUUGUUUUUAUGAGUCACGCUCUGACUGUUGUAGAAUUACAUUAUAGGCCCAACAAGCCACCACUCACACUUUUCUCCUCCUCCGCACUAAACGCGAUGCCAGGACAUUUCUUUGACACAGUCAAAAAUACAUUAUUCAUUUAAUCCACGCUCUGAAAAACUUGCAGUUUUCAGGCCUGUAUGCGCAAUUCGGAGGUGUGUGCACUUCUCCAUUGAACCCUUUUCCACAGUGAGCUCAGCAGUGUCCAUGCAGCAUAUCCCACUACUUCUUUUUUUUUUUUUUUUUACACGCUCAGCAAAGUGUCAUGCUUCAUCACGUGUACUGGGGACUGCUCUGCAUUCUCCAUGCUUCAUUGAGGACCUUUCCAAGAUCCUGUGGAGACGCUGAAUGUUCUGGUUUGAUAUGUAAUGUAGGGGUCCGUCUAGUGUGAACAGGGCCUUACUUUCAAUGUGCAGUGAAUUGCUCUUAAGAACGCAAUGCUGCUGCAAAGCUUGGAGCAUUUUUGAAAUUUCGCACAACUUUGAGGAUGGAAGUCGCCGCAUGUUGGCUCCCAGAAGGGCUUCUAUUUAAAGCUUUGGUUUUGUGAAGGGUUGCCAAGCCUAACAAUAUCCUGUCACCACCAAAAUGUAACUAUAAAGUAAUUGGAGUGUUUUAAUAUAGUGGCAUGUAGAGUGGAAGGUAAAAAACCAGGCCAUAUGCUACUUUUCUGUAUUUCCUCCUAUUUAUCCCUUUUUUAACACAUAUGAGCAGUAGCAAAGUGCCAAACUUUUAUCUUGCACCACUGCACAUUGGUGGCUUAUCUUAGGCUUUUUUCUGUUGACUUAGUUUUUUUUUUCUUGUAUGUUUAGAUAUUUAAUUAUGUACAUUUGAAAAUUAACUUAAGCUGUGAAACUGCCCCAUGCUAUGAACACCUCUCAGCAUUGUAUAACUAGUCUAUGCAUUGAUAAUAAUGCAUAUUAUAGCUUAUGCAUUGUGGUAGUGUGAGUAUUGUGUUUUUGCUCAAUUGCUAGAGUUGCAUAAAUCACCACCACAGAGGAGCUUAUUCUCCGGGGCCUCUUUCAGAAGUGUUGUCUGACUUGGAUGUCGGUUUCACUGUACAAUAAGUCCACCUGAUAUACAUAUUAAAUCCAAAUUGUGUACAGUGUCCGUGGAUCAUCCUGUGUGUUGCUAUUAAAAUCAUUUAUGGAGGAUAAUGCAUGCAUUUCUGUAUGUUUAUGCUCAUCGCAUGGCUCCUCUGAUUGAUUAUAAUCAUAUAAAAAAUAUCUGCUAUAGUGUACAAAAUUGUCAUUUUUGAUUUUAGUCGUAGGCCGUGAUGUGUGAUUUAAAGGGCCAGCUCAUAAACUGUAUAUUUGGUCCUAACAGACCUAUGUACAGUAUAUCUGUGUGCAAUAAAGAGCAUUUUGGAAUUGAAA